CUUAACUUGCGUCUGGAGCGUGCGUGUGCGUCCAGAAAGGGCGGAGGAGGAGGUGGAGGAGGAGCGCACACUAUAUCCAUCCAUCCCUCCAUCCACACAUCCAACCAGGCAGACUGGUAGGCAUCGAGUCAAGCUGGUUCCAGAGAAGCGUGUGCUGAGCACGGCGGUGGCGGCUGCAGCGGCGGCAUGGCUUCGUCUCACGGGAGAAGUAGUGACCUGCGCUUCGCCGACUGGAUGUCGAGUCUCCCGCAGAGCAUGCACAGCAUCCCGCUCACCAACUUGGCCAUCCCCGGUUCCCACGACUCCUUCAGCUUCUACAUCGACGAGGCGUCUCCCGUGGGCCCCGAGCAGCCUGAGACGGUGCAGAACUUUGUGUCGGUUUUCGGCACGGUGGCCAAGAAACUGAUGAGAAAGUGGUUAGCCACGCAGACCAUGAACUUCAACAGCCAGCUGGAGGCUGGCGUCCGUUUCUUUGACCUACGCAUCUCCACCAAGCCCCGAGACCCCGACAACGAGCUCUUCUUUGCGCACGGCCUCUUCAGUGCCACAGUCAGAGAAGGAUUGGAGCAGAUCAGCAGCUUCCUGUCGUCGCACGCCAGAGAGGUGGUGUUUCUGGACUUCAACCACUUCUAUGGCGUACAGAACCUGCACCACGAGAAGUUGGUCACCAUGUUGAAGGACGUUUUUGGAGACAAGCUCUGCCCAGUUGUCUUUGCCCAGGAGUUGAGUCUGCAGUAUCUGUGGGAGAAGGAGUACCAGGUGCUUGUCUUCUACCAUCACCCUAUGGCCCUGGAGGUGCCCUUUCUUUGGCCCGGCCAGAUGAUGCCCGCCCCAUGGGCCAACACUACCGACCCAGAGAAGCUGGUUCAGUUCCUCCAGGCCUCUGUCACUGACCGCAGGAGGAAGGGCACUUUCUUUGUUUCCCAGGUGGUCCUCACACCGAAGGCCAGCACGGUGAUGAAGGGUGUGGCUAGCGGACUCCGAGAGACAAUCACAGAAAGGGCUUUGCCGGGAAUGAUGCAGUGGAUCCGGUCGCAGAGGCCCGGUGAGAGUGGCAUCAACAUCAUCACCGCCGACUUUGUUGAGCUGGGCGAGUUCAUCAGUGCCGUCAUCACCCUCAACUACCACAUGGAUGACGAAGACGACGACGACGCCACCUGAGAGCCCUCGGAGGUGUCGCCAUCGAGCGCGGUCGCACCCCUGCUGCCUGGCGGUUGGUGGGUGGGGGGGGGGGCCGUCUUGGUCUGUGCUCUGCCUCUUUUCUCCUUGCCGUUUGUUUCAGAGGAGAUGUGCUGCUCCUUCCACUUUAUUUAGGGCUAGAGUGAAACGGUGAAUGACACAGAGAUGAGGUUGAGAGAAGAAACGUUGCGAUGGUGAGUUCGAUGGUGUGACAGUGCUAAUUUGGGGCCAAAAAUGUCCCCUCUUUUAAGUGAGAUACGCCACCCGAGCUGUAAAAAUGACCGCUUUCACUAUACACAUGUAAAGCAUUUUAUAUUCGGUAUGUUCCUCAUCAGGCAUUUCUGGUUCUCUUCGAUGAUUCUGAUCACUAAGGUCAUGUGUAAAAUAGUUUAAAUGUACACCUGCCUCAGAGGGAAGCCAGUCUAAUGAAGAGUCAUGUUAGAGCAUUCAACAUUUUUUUUUAACGAAUAAUAAUUUCAAUAUUUUUAAAAUCUAUUUAUUUCUUUUCACAAGAUUAUUUUUCAAAAAAAUAUUUACCUUAGAUAUUUAUUUGUGAUUCAAUUAUUUGCUGUGGGUUUUUUUUGGGGGGGUGAGUUUGGGAGUGGAAUUUUACUUAUGCUGUAAUUUUGGGAGUAUGUUGGAAAAAAAUGAAAUAACUAAAACCUGUUUUUCAUUUUAAUGGUUAUAUUUAAUUAUGGUAUUUAUUUAUUGAUUUCAACCCACCACGCCACAUUGAAUGUAUGUGGCAAGAUAGUUCAGAUAUGACCCCCGCAAAAAACAAUGAAAUAAAGGUUUGAUUUUUUUUUUUUUUUUUUUUACAUCACUUCUUUAGAUUUAAUGUAUGCAUUUCUUUAUGAAUCUGAUUUGUUUGUAUUUAUCCGAAAGGCAACCUCCUACUAUUGAGAGAAAGUGAGAGGUGUAACAAUAAGAUCGCACAGCUUGUAAAACAUUUCUUAUACAUUUUUAAUUCUCAAGUUUUUUU